CCAUGGCUUUGUUGCUCACCGCAUCGUGUGUUUUCAGAUGUAACCCCCGUUGUACUUCCUUUUCUAAACCUCAAAUAUGGGCAUCUCCGUGAAAGACGUUGGUUCCCAUGAGUUCAACAAGGCUUUUGCAGCCUUUUUGAAGAAGACCGGCAAGAUGAAGGCCCCAGAGUGGACAGACUUCAUCAAGACAGGCAGAUACAAGGAGCUGGCCCCUUACGAUCCCGACUGGUACUUCCACAGGGCAGCCUCCAUUGCCCGUCACCUGUACAUCCGAUCACCGGCUGGCAUCGGCUCCUUUGAGAAGAUCUACGGAGGUCGCCAGAGACGCGGAUGUGCCCCGCCCCACUUUUGUCGCGGUAACGGCUCCAUCGCCCGCAGGAUCCUGCAGAGUCUGGAGAACCUCAAGCUGGUCGAGAAAGAUACAAACGGAGGCCGCAAGUUGACGUCCCAGGGUCGCCGUGACUUGGACAGAAUUGCCGCCCAGAUCGCCAGCAAAAAUAAGGCAGCACCGAAACAGACUUAGACAUGUGAUCGAUGUAAAUAAAGAGAAAAAAUCGAAAAAAAAA